AUGUCUAGCUUUGUCCAUAUUCUUGCACUCGUGCCCUUGGCACUGGCUGCCAGCAUGAUCAGGAUGGUCCCUAAUCAGGCUAUGAUUUUCAAAGAACACGACUUCGCAAUGAAUGCCGGCCGAAAAGGAGUGCUCAUUGCGUCUGAUGGAAAUUGCAUGAAUCUCGACAGCAUUUCCGACUAUAUCAGCCGCAUGAAUGUUGGAUCAAUCUACGUCCCAUGUCCAUCUGAGGUCAAGCAAGACAUGAUGUGCUCAAUGUACUCUGAUAACUCUUGCAACAACGAGCUGUUCACAUUUACCCGACCCCAUGCAAAUUUGUUCAGACCGACUGUUGGCGAUGGUGUUGGUAGACAUGUCAGAAGCAUUAAAUGCGCGACAGUUUAUUCUCCUGCCGACAGACAGGGACAUGUAUUCUCAAGUGAUCAUGCAUCUACCAAGAGUCCCAGCAACUGCCCCAAUGACAGCUGUUCCAAUGAACUGGACUGUCAAUCAAACCACCCGGAUUAUGACGUUGCGAAGGAGAUAGCCGGUGUUCUGGGGGCCAAUGUUCAAGUGGAAAGUGUAUGGCUGUCGCAGAAAACUCGCGUUGUCUGCAGGGCUCUGAGUGUCCUUCUGGCCUGCGGUGUCGUCCUACUCGGGUUUUGA